GAAGAAGAACAGCUUUUUAGGGAAGUGCAGAAGUUAGGUUCAGGUUAGCAUGAGGUUUGAUCAUUAAUCACUGGCUGUUAUUUAAUGAUUAAGCCUAUGGCUAAAAUGAGGAUUCUUGUCUAGCUUUAUAAUUCUUCUACAUUUUUGUAAAAGCUCCGAACUAGAACAAUUCAAAAAUGUCCCCUAAAUUAAAAAUGAUAUCAGCAGCUUGUGAGAACAUGGGUAUAGGAAAGGAUAACAACCUUCCAUGGAAGCUGAAGAGUGAAAUGGAGCAUUUUAGAAGGAUAACGAGCAAAACAAAAGAUCCACAUAAGAAAAAUGUAGUAAUCAUGGGUCGAAAAACAUGGGAUUCAAUUCCUCCAAAAUAUAGGCCCAUGAGAAAUCGUAUUAACUUCGUUCUGUCAAGAUCUGAUUUAGAUUUGAGAAGUUAUGAGGCUUCUUAUAGCUUUAAAAACCUAGAAGAAUGCAUCAAGAAACUCGAGGAUGAGGAUUUCAAAAAACUGUAUGAAAAUGCUUGGGUUAUAGGAGGAAGCCGUAUCUAUGCUGAAGCAAUGAAGUCGGAGUACUUUUAUCAACUCUAUCUUACCAGGAUAUUAAAAACCUUUGAUUGCGAUACUUUUUUUCCUGAACUUCCUGACAAUUUGGUGAAGGUUAGUGAUCCAGAUGUUCCUGAAGGAAAACAAAUUGAAAAUGACAUCGAGUUUAUUUAUAAUGUGUACCAGAAUCCUAAUUUUUCGAAUUGAAAAUGACAUUCCAGUUUAUUGAAACGAAACAUUUUCGAAAAUAUAUUUUUGUAAGAUCAGA